CCCCAGAUCCCAGGUGGCCACUCGUUGCGGAUGAUGAUGCUCGCAGCGAGCGCACGGUCCUGUCGCCACCCAUUCUCCCUCCAAGGUUGGAAAUGCCAGAUUUCAGCUGUUCCCUGCAAACAUGUACAUUCUGCUCCACGUAAUGUGGCCAGAAUAUAUGCAGCAAAGAACAAUGAGAGGAAACGGAGACGCUCCCGUAAUAUGUCCAAAGGUCCUACACUGAAUGGUGAAGACACUUCUUCAAGCAACAGCGAAAAUCCCACUAGCAUCCUUGAGGUCAAUGGAGUUGUUACUAGUGAUGAGAAACCUGCAGGUGCCCCAAGGAGUGCUGUUCUUCAGUCCUGCACUCUCACAUCUGGCUUGCUGCUUGCGUCUGGUCUUGUUCUUCGUGAGGUAUCACACAUUGCAUCUUCAAAUGGAUGGCCAUUUGCUGACUCUACGGUUGUAUCAUUUAAUUCUGAAAGUUGGCAUCUCGAAUUGGUUGCUGGACUCGUAAUACUGAUAUCCUCUACCAGAUACAUUUUACUACAGACAUGGCCAGAUUUCAGAGAUUCCAGUGAAGCUGCAAAUACACAGAUCCUAACUUCCCUGGAGCCUCUCGAUUACAUCGUGGUUGCUUGUCUCCCUGGAAUAAGUGAGGAGCUCCUGUUUCGAGGGGCAUUGAUGCCAAUUUUCGGACUGAACUGGUUAAGUGCCCUAGUAGCCGGUGCCUUUUUUGGUGUUCUUCACUUGGGUAAUGGCAGGAGAUACUCAUUCGCAAUCUGGGCAACAUUUGUUGGCCUUGCCUAUGGUUUAGCAACCAUAGCUUCAUCAAGCAUCAUAGUCCCAAUGGCUUCUCACUCCAUAAAUAAUAUUAUUGGAGGCUUACUUUGGCGCUUCACCAACAACUCAGAAAGAGAAAUGUAGAUUGGACCUUAGUACAUCUUUUGGCAAAACUUUUCAUUUUCAAGUGUUACUUGUAGUUUCGCAGUUGCAUAGACCGUUCAGUUCCUGUCGUACUUGCUCGCUGGUACUUUCAGUUACUGCAUGUGUUAUCUGUGGAUGAUACUAUUCUUCAGUUAAUUUGAGGGUGAAUUAAGCUAGUGAUUACUAUUUCACUUGCGUCA